UAAUAAGAGCUGCUUCACACAGACCGGUCUGCUUGUCAGAGCAACUGACUGACUCACUAAGAGCAGCUCACACACAGAGAGAGAAAGACAGACACCGCUGGAGAGACUCAUGCUCCGAUCUGCCACUUGCUUAAUGUGUCGCCUCCGUCCCCUCUUGACACCUGUCAACUGUUCGAAAACACAGGCCGUUGCCGUGGAGACGCUGGUGAGACAGAAUAAGGAGGCGAGGAGGGUUCCCCAGCCAGGCAGUCCUGAGAAGACAAAGCAAAGGAAGCAGAAGAGCUGUGAAGCAUCAGCCUCCACGAUGGACCACCAACAGCAGCACGCCAAAGUGGAGCGAUUCCUCAAGCUGGGAUACUCUCACAGUGACAUCCUGAGGGUGCUGGAGAGCCUCCGACACGACGCCCAGACCAACGACAUCCUGGAGGAGCUGAUAAAGACCUGCCACACUCGCACCUCCAGCAACAAAAGUGUGCCCAACAGUCCCAAGCUGGUGCCCAGAGGCUGCAGCCCCAGUCCCAAUCAGCCCAGACCUGGAUCAGACAGAGAGCCAGCUGCUGGCUUCAGACCAGUGGUUAUAGAUGGAAGCAACGUGGCCAUGAGCCAUGGCGACAAGAAGGUGUUUUCGUGCCAGGGCCUCCAGCUGGCAGUGAACUGGUUCUGGGACAAAGGACUGCGGGACAUCACUGUGUUCGUUCCCCUGUGGAGGAAGGAGCAGCCACGACCCGAGGCACCCAUCACGGAUCAACAUAUUCUCCAUGAGCUGGAGAGGAGGAAGAUCCUGGUAUACACGCCGUCCCGCUGUGUGAACGGUAAGAGGGUGGUGUGUUACGAUGACCGGUACAUCGUCAAGCUGGCCUUCGAUUCCGACGGCAUCAUUGUGUCCAACGACAACUACCGUGACCUGCAGACAGAGAAUCCCCAGUGGAAGAAGUUCAUAGAGGAGAGGCUGCUGAUGUACACCUUCGCUAAUGACAAAUUCAUGCCUCCAGAUGAUCCUUUGGGUAGAAAUGGCCCCACCAUUGAUGAUUUUCUGCAGAGGAAGCCGUGGACCACGGACAACAAGCUGCAGCACUGUCCUUACGGAAAGAAGUGUACUUAUGGAGUCAAGUGCAAGUUCUACCAUCCAGAGCGCACCAACCAAUCCCAGCUAUCUGUGGCCGAUGAACUGAGAGCGCUGAGAGACAGAGCCAAGAACUUCUCGCCCAAAACGAGCCUGCAGGACGCACAAUGCUUCCCUGCCUUGUAUCAGCCAGAGCGCGGAUACACCUCAUCCACCCCUCCACCUCUCAGCACAGAGGAUCAGUCCCACAGGACUUCACCAAGCCAGCAGUUCUAUCAGAGAGACAGCAGCAGCCCGAGAAGCCAUUCAAACACCAGCCUCCACCACUGCUCCAGCCCGGAUGUGGACGAGGCCUUCAGCUCCAUGGACAGCUCCAUGUCCAGGCUCUUCAUCCAGGAUGUGCCCUAUGGCACAGAGCGCCCUCUCCACAGCUACAGCAGCGGGGUGGCUAGCUACAGCCUGAGCCAUGACGACUACUCACUCUCAGGGUCAUUUGGCGGGAGCACCCAGAGGCCCUGCCUGAGCGGAGGAGGUUACUACCCUCAUCAGAACAGUUCCAUGUCCUGUCAGCACCCCGUGUGCAGCCAGUGCAGGUGUGGUCACCAGCAGGCCAGAAUGUCCCAGCACCACAACCACCAGCCAGCAUGGGGCUCCUGCCCAGCUCUGCCUCCACAUAACGGGGACUAUCCUGGCCAUUUUUCAGAAAAGCAGUACUUCAGACAGCCCUCGAACAGACACUGCAGCAGCUUACCAAGGGACCCAUGGGUGCAGGGUGGCCCCUCUGACGGCAGGCUGAACGGACGGGCCAAGAGCCCGUCAUGCGAGCAGAGGAAGGGCCUGAGGAGCCAGCUGAGCACCCUGUUCCCUCAGAGCAUGGUGGAGCAAGUCAUGAAUGCUUACCCACACGUCUCAGACAUGUCUGAACUGAUUUCUCUCAUCCAGAGCAACAGGACGAGCCAAAUCUCCUUCUAGAUUAGAAAGAUUAUUUUUUUUUUGUUUUUUGCUCAAACUGAGCCCACAUUGGAGUUCUCAUCCCAGAAGCAAAGUGAAAAACGACUGUGAAUUUGCAUUAUUAUGACUCAUACUGUGGGAAAACUCUUGCAAAACACAUUCCAAACUUAGCCUUUAUUUUAGCAUUAAAAAGUGACUCAAUCUGAGGAAGUCUUGAACAUGUAGCAGACUGAAUGUUAUUUCUUUAUUAUAGUAUAAAAGUGCAAUGCACUACGCUCCGUACAUGCUACUUAUUGUAGCACUGACAAAUGUUUUAUUAAAGCAGCAUGUGUUGUUUUCUCAUGUUGCCUCAAAGUGAGGAACCCUUAUUACACUAUUUUGUAUUUCUGUAAAGAAUGUCAACAGUUUUUGAUAUGAAUUUUAGAAGCUUGUUUUUUUUCUAUGCCUGUGAAAUAAAAGCACUUCAAUCACUGGAUGGAUGUAUGAAAUGUUCCUUAUAGGUGGGUAAGAUUAUUCUACAAUAUAUUUUAAAUUAACACUGAUUUCAAUGUGGAACUGCUGCUGCACUGCUGUCUGGGGCUUGAAACUCUCACAAUCAUAUCAAUAAUGACACAGCAGGUGUUUUUCAUCAGUUAUCAAGGCCAAAUAUCUGCUGCAACACGCUGAGAGGUCUGAGCCAGUGGAGGAGCACUUUUGAACCUUUUGAUUUUAAAGAUCCCCUCAAACAUGUUUUAAAACAUAUAUACAGAUAGUGUGCUUG